GCCCCCGCGCUGGCUGCGGCCUCCCUCCCAGGGAGGGGACCGGGCUGAGGGCUGAGGCAGCCGCGGCGAAACGGCGGCGGGAGCGGGAAAGCGAAGGGCUCAGGAGGGAGAUGUGGGAGCCCGGGCGCCUGGCGGGGCCAAGGCCUGGCAUUGUGGCCCCAGGCGGUGGUUGUGGUACCGGAGUUGCUGCUGUUAUUUCAAGGACAUUGAUGUGAACAUCAUAGUGAUAGUUCACCUUGAUCAUCACCAGAACAAACUCCACAAGAGAUGGAGGACACGGAGCCGUGGUACUCUCAGCAGGUGUACGCGAGGUACUGGAGGCACUAUGACUUAGCCAUGCGCUGGAUGCGCAGGCACCAGAAAGCCUACAGGAAAGCCAUGGAGUCCUUUUAUCGCAUGCCGUGGCAUCCGUGGCAUGCUGCUGCAGCCUCUCCAAGCAGCCACUACUCAGAUUGGUAUGGGAAUGAUCUCCCACAUAUCCAAAACUAUUCUUCCAGCUAUAGACCAAAUGUCAGAGUUCCAUGUCACGGGGGAGCUCAUCAGUACACAGAUGCCUACCAGGAGAGGGAGGAUGCUGAUGAGGACUCCGAAAUGGAAGAGGAUGCUGAAAGGGACUCUGAAAUGGAGGAAGAGUCUGAGUCUGAAGGAGAGAUAGAAUAUGACUUGAGUAACAUGGAGAUCACAGAGGAGCUUCGCCAGUUUUUUGCAGAGACAGAGAGGCACCGAGAAGAGCUGCGGAGGCAGCAGCAGCUGGAAGCUGAGGACCCCUAUGUGGAGGCUGAUCAAGACCUGCACAGGAGGGUGGAGCGUUCUGUGGAGCCGCCCACAGAAAGACCUGGGGAGAGGCGCAUGGCAGAAAUGAAGAAGCUGUAUGGUGCUGAAGCUGCCAAAAUCCAAGCAAUGGAGGCUGCCAUGCAACUUAUCUUUGAUAGGAACUGUGACAAAAAGCAGCCCAAAUACUGGCCCAUUAUUCCCCUUAAGCUGUGAGUACUGGACUGUGCUCUGACGUGGCACAGUGCUGUACGGUCAGGUGCCUCAGGUUGGGCUGCUGAAAGAACAAACUGCAAGUUUUGAUUUUGGGCUUUGAGGGAGAGUCUUGCAAGGACAGCAUGUAUUUCUUUGGCCUUUUUUUCUUUUACCGUGUCUGUCGGUGAUGUUCACAGUCCAUUCAACACACAUACAGUUGUCAAGUAGUAACAGGAGGGACAGGAAUAUCAAACCUGUCUAAAAUUCACUCAUUUGAUACCCGCUUGCCUUGACCACACAUGCAAGCAACAUAACAACAUCCAUACCCAGUGAACUGGGAAAAUUUAAGCAAUGCAGAGAAGAAAAACACAUUAGAAAUUGUCUGCUCUUCCUGUUUAAGAAUUUGAGUGAUCCCAUUUUCUAGUCUUAUUUAACACAGUAGUUUCACACAGCAUAGCUUGAACUGUUAUGUCUGCUAAUCUUGGAUUUUUUUGAGAAUCAGGAGCCCACUGGCCAAGAUACAACUUAUCAAAUUACCGUAGCCCAGACAUUGGAAUUCUUUUUCAAAGGUUUAUAAUAAAGCAGGAAGUUUUUCUUCCAGACUGAUACUCGUCUGGCAGCAUUAUAUAGAAAAAUGUUUUAAUGAAGGGGUGGGAGGAUCGGGCAGAAGCCUGAUGUGGUCCUGUCUGUUGGAGAUCUGUUUAGCAGAAGAGAAACUUAAGAGGACACAGUGCUAUUGAAACCAGUGCCUAGAGUGAUUUUUGCCAUUCUAAUAAAAAGCAGCAAUGGGCUUGAAGGCUUGAAGCUUUAAAGAAGGCUUAUUAGAGUGAUAGACUAUAUCUGACCAAUGUAUACAGAGCUGUGGAAGCCAGGGAGCCCUGUGGGCUAUAUGUCUGUUUUAGGUGCUGGUUUCCAAUGGCCAAGUGCAUAGGACAUGCACAAAAUUUAAACAUAAGCAAGUAGAUGUGUUUUCAUCCAUCUGCACAGAGAUGUGCCUCUGUGUGUGCUCAUCCACACAGCUGUUUUGGUUCUGCUUCUGUCAUUCUUUACUUUGGGCCAAUUGUGUUUGCCCCACACUGAGUGAGGCACACUGGUGGUUUGUGUAAGAGAGGCCAAACUGGCCCCUCAAAACCUGUGGCUCCUUAGAAAAUGGUACCCUGAACGCUUAAAAGGACUCUCUGUGAAGCUCUGCUGAUAAAUAUCAUUGUGUAUUGAAGGGCAGUAGUUUGUGGCAUUGCAGCAUUUCCAUGCCAGGGCAAAGGAUUAGUCUUCUGGUUUCACAGAGACAUCCUCAUCUGCCUUCCUGGCAACAGAGGAAGGUUACAAUUAAAAUUUCAACUUCAAUUCAUGCUGACUGAGUAUUCAGAGUUUCUCUUUAGUAUGUGUCGUUUGUAAUACACUCAGCAGUUGCUGUGCCCUCUGCAGCAGCCAGCUGCAACAAAGCAAGUCUGCAGUGCAGUCUGGAAUAUCUUUGCUUUCAGUAGUAGGUACUGUUUUUUCAAAGCAGAAUUUCUAUGUCAGUUCCACCUCUUUCACAGAUGAAGUUAAAUUGAACAUUGAAAUGAAAAGCUUCCAGUUUUCCAAGACUUCUGGUGUGAUUAAUCUGAAAAAUUUCAGUGAGACAGGAGAGAGAAAAGGAUUAUUAACAGUCCUGCAUUUGUUGUUACUCUUGUUUUUGGCAGGUUUUGUCAAAAAUUCAGUGUUUUGUUUAGGUUUCCUUCCUUUGACCAAAUAAAUUUUCUUCUUAA